AUGGAAGGAGUAGGAGUUGGAGAAGAAUAUAGCAGAGUGAAAGGGUCGUGGCGGCCGGAGGAGGAUGCGAAGCUGAGGGAGCUGGUGGAGAUAUAUGGACCCCGGAAUUGGAGCUUGAUAAGUGCCGGCAUACCGGGACGUACCGGAAAGUCGUGCCGGCUGCGGUGGUGCAACCAGCUCAGUCCCGACAUCCACCACCGCCCCUUCACCGCCGCCGAGGACGCCAUCAUCGUCGCCGCCCACGCCCGCUACGGAAACCGAUGGGCCGCCAUAGCGCGACUCCUUCCCGGCCGCACGGACAACGCCGUCAAGAACCACUGGAAUUCCACCCUCCGACGCCGCCGCCUCCGCGGCGAGAAGCCUUUCUCCCCCGCCGACGCCGCAGCGGCCGACGCCUCGGGCAGCGGCGGCGGUGCAGGGUCGUCGGUUGUUGACGAAUCUGACUCGGAGUCGGUGCGGAAGCGGCAGUGUAGAAGGGAGGGUAAGGGUUGUUUGGCGGUGGCGGCGGCGGCGGCGGCGCCGGGGCCAGCGACGGCGCUGUCCCUGAGGCCUCCGGGGGAGGGCGGCGAGGAGCGGCGGAGCGAGGUGGAGGCGAGCGUGGUGGCGGUGAUGCGGCGGAUGAUCGCGGAGGAGGUGAGGAGUUACGUUCAUGGAUUGCAGUCGGACGGUGGUGGUGGUGCCGUCUCUUUAUCCGUCAAGUCCGAGUCGGCAUCCAGCCACUAA